ACCAAUACUACUGUGAUAGUUUAGAGGUUCCACUCCAAACACCAACGGCUUCAUUGUCUGCGACGAUCGCAAGGGGACAGAUGAAGCUCCAUCGAAGAAAAAAUGUGGACUUCACAUUGUUCUAGAUUAGGUAGAGAUAAGUUGAGGACGGGCCAGACGAGUCAAGCCAAUGAGCGUUGGAGUUUAGUCUGCACGCUAGGGGGAUUGGCAGAAGCUGCGUGUUCACCGCAACAAAUAGCAACCACCAUCGCACUCCGAAACCCCAUUUUGCUGUCAUGGCGUGAUUAUCGCACCCAUUCAAGAGGCAUCACGUUUCCCCCACAAUACCCAAAUACAGCAUCGUAAUUUCGAUAUGCCGAAGAGUGCUCGAGCUCCCUUGAGCCCAAUCAUGUGAAUUGGCCCGG